AUGGACAAGAACGAGCGCAUUAUCAUCGUCGGAGCUGGUGUUUUUGGUCUCUCGACUGCGUUGCGACUGAAGGAAGAGGGCUACAAUGCAGUCACUGUUCUUGACCGUUCCAUGCCUCCUGUUUCAGACGGCUCCAGUAACGACAUUUCUCGUAUAAUUCGAUUCGACUAUGGUGAUCCUGUAUACGCCGAUAUAGCCAAGGAGGCAUACGAUCUAUGGAAGACCGACGACUACUCGGAUGCAUUCUACUCUGCUCCCUGCUUCUGGGUGUGCCAGGAAGGGACCCCAGAGGAGCCGAUACAGCUUCGUGCGCAGGAGUACAGCGAAAAGACUAAGCGCGUCCUGACUGAAAUCGGCCAGGAAUGGACCGCCGUGAAGACUGUUGCAGAGGCCAAGCAGAGAUUUCCUCAAUUGACCGGAGAGCUCGCCUCUCCGGGAUUUGAUGGCUUCUAUAAUACUGCUGCUGGCUGGGCUGAUGCCGGCAAGGCUAUUGCCCGUCUCGCAUCUCGAUGUGUGCACGCCGGCGUGUCCUUCAUUACUGGCCCCAACGGCCAGGUUGUAGACUUUGAGAAGGCCCCGGAUGGAUCGAUCACCUCUGUCAAGACUUCAAGUGGUGUCGAAAUUGCUGGUGACAGAUUCGUUGUCGCUACCGGUGCCUGGACAGCCAGCUUGGUACCUGCGUGGAACUCGAUGCUUGCAGCUGGUCAAAUCGUCGGCUAUAUGAAGCUGGCGCCCGAGGAAGUCGUGGAACUAAGGGAUAUUCCCAUCUAUUUCAACUUCUCCACUGGCUUCUUCUGUUUUCCUCCUCACGAGGGCACUGGAUACCUCAAAGUUGCCUGUCACGGCUUCGGCUAUACCAACUCCAACUCGUCAAACAUUUCCUCUCCACCCAGCAAGCCGCCUGCGUCGCGUGCCAACUUCAUCCCGGAGGAUGGCGUGACCAGACUCACAUCCGGACUGAAGAGUAUCUUCCCCCAGUUUGCCAACCGAGGCUUUGAGCGUGUCGGCAUCUGCUGGUACAAUGAUACCCCCCACUGUGCAUUCAAGUUUCUGCCAGUGUUGGGCAAGUAUGCCGUCGGAUGCCUCGAGCGCAACCUCUCCGACAAGUUGCUCAGCAAGUGGAAGUUCCCCACUCAGUUCCGAGAGCGCUUCCAAAGUAACAUAUUCACUGGGGAUGGGAGCCGCGGUGGACCCGAGCGUCGUGAAAUGACUGGCAGCGAGAAGGGGACUUUUGAUGCUGCGUUGACGGCUUCUGCUCGCCAGGCUAAGAUCUAA